AUGGCUUCCUCCACGUAUGAUACUGCCUCCCCCCGACCUGCCUUAGACUUUUCCUCACCUCAGCUGGACACGGCUCACUUCUGCAACGAUCUCUUCUUGGAAGCAUGUGCUCCCGAUCCUCAGUCAAACAAAGAGCCCCUACAGUCCCUUCAGAUGCCCCUCUUCUCUGCGUCCGGUGAUCUCACCAGGGACGAAGCAUGUGAGAUAUUCGCCGACUGUUCUGCCCUGCCAUCCGCCGUCUCUGGUUUCGAUAACAUUGACUGGGAUGAAUGGAUGUCGUUUGACUCCCCUGCGGUCGAUGUUCCCCCACCCUCACUCCACAUGUCGGAUUUCUCCGAUGGCUCCAUCGAGGAGGCUGACUCAAGCCCGCAUCUCAUGUCCAAGUCCACCGAUCAGAGCAAAUUCCUCCCCCUGGCCUCUGACCGUUGGGAAGGCGACAUGUUGAAGAAGAUGCUGGAUAAGGAGAAAUACAUCGUCUUGCCCUUUUCUCAGGUGUCAAUACUGACACUCGUGGCUAAGCGAAACGGGCAUGAGAUGUACCAGGUAGUAGGACAGAUAGAUCUACAAGAAGCACAGAGAUAUGGUGCACAGGAAAGGACCCGGAAGUACUUGGGUACUGCUGGUAAGGCUCUCAGCACCAGCUCUAUGAAAAACGUUUCUCACUCCUCGCAGAAGACCCAAUCAUAA